CCUGGUUGGUCGACGGUUGGUUGUUGCGCGCGCCCCUCACUCACUCAGAGGCCCAGGUCGUGCAGCAGUUUGUCGGUCCACUCGCCCGCUUCCGGGAUGAACAUGGGGGCCAGCACGACCACCAGCACGGCAGCCGACAGCACCACCCCCACGGCAACAAGACACUGGCACCGACAGCUUCUGUACCAGUCCUUCUCCGAGGCCAUGUGCGUCGUGAUCUCGUCGACCAGGGCCGCCUGCCUGGCCUCCGCCCCCAUCAUAGCCCCCGACCGCUCCUUCUCCAGCGCGUCGAGCCGCUUGGGCGUGGCGUCCUCCUCCAGGCCGCCCCUGCCUCCCCCAGACCACGCCGACGUUGUCUCCUUCCACGCGGCUGCGAAGCCCUCCUUGAAGCCCUCCUUCCACGUCUUCUUACCCCCCUUGCCAGCCACCGGGGUGCGCUCCCGCAGCGACUUGGAACCUGGGCUUUGGCUCAUCGGACUGGCGCUCAUGGGGCUGGCCUGCUGGUCUUCGAGAGUGGACUGGAGAGCCGAUGCGCCGCCCGGGGGACCUGGCUUCGGCACAGGCAGGGUUUGGGGGGACUGCUGGUGACGCACGUCGCUCCACAUCCUCGCUUCAGCUUCAACUUGGGAGUUCAAG